CUCGUCUGAUCCGGGGUCAGGGGUUGUGUUACAGUGCUGUGGUAGUUGUGUUGAGAGAAAGUCGCUGCAGAAUGACCAGUUGAAGGACAACGAGAAAAAAAGACUUUUUUUCUGGAUGUAUUCCCGUAACAAGACCAACUCUUUGUGGCUCCAGUAUUCCUUCGCAGCUGUUUAUUAGAAGCUAAUGGGAAGCUAACACAGCCCACCGCCAGCUGAAGCAUGAUUCAUCCAGAGCAGCAGAGGAAAAGCCUCGCUCUGCACAGACGACAGGCAGAUUCCAGCCCCCGAGGGAGGGUGAUGAGCACGGGUCCGCUGCAGGGCCUCAUCCAGACUGCCAUGCCUCGUUUCUUCUGCUUCCUGCUCCCCAGGGUUGAUGCAGCUGAUGUGGCUGCCGGGCAGAUGCCCUCCUCCUCCUCCUCUUCCACCACUAGUCCUGCUCCUGCAGCCGUGCCUCAACCCAGCACUCUGCCAAAGAACAUUUGCAAGCCAGAAUUUCCUGACACUGGAUGGGAGCGCAUCAAGGACCUCUUUGAUAGAGAUGAGACUCUGAAACACCCAGAGGAGCUCAUCACGGUGAUCAAAUGUGGCGUCCUGGGCGCGAUCACAGGCUUUGUGUACGGCGGCCUGCCUGCUGCACGCUUUGCUAGGCAGAGGUAUAUCCAGAUCAGCCAGGCGGAGGUGUACACGAGUCGCGUGGAAGCAGUGCGCUCAGCUCACAAUGCCGCCAUCCGAGGUUUCUUGCGGUACGGAUGGAGAUGGAGCUGGAGGGUGUCUCUGAUAGUCACUUUGUUCAGCUCUGUGAGCACUGGCCUGUCCGUCUACAGAGACAAAGAUGCCCUCAGUAAUUAUGUCGCAGCUGGAGCUGUCACUGUAGGCCUUUACCGGCUGAACCUGGGCCUGAGAGGGCUGCUGGCUGGAAGCAUCAUCGGAGCGGUGCUGGGGGUUCCUGUAGGGGCCGUGGUCGUCGGCUUGCAGUCUCUGACUGGAGAAACCUUCAGAGAACGGAGGCGGCGAGAGCGCCGAGAGCUCUACGAGCUCAAGCUAGCAGAAUGGACGGCCCGUUUGCAGAUGACUGAUGAGCUGAUUGACAGCUUGAACGUCACUGCUCGGCCAGAAGAAGCCACCAAAGACGUGGAGAGGAUUGAGGAGCUGCUCCGUUUAUCCCAAAAUGACGAUCCGGACCAAAACCACAGCCACUGACUGCAGCUGGAUCACGUGUCAUGGUGUUUUUUCCAUACGUUGAAGGUGGGACAUAACUCAUUAAAAGGCAAUAUUUUUGCCUGGACUCAGGAUUGGAAGAUGCCAAACGCUGCUUCUACUUGCUGUUAGAUAUAGGGAAGGUUACAGCAACAAAUGAGGAUUAGAAGGAUUUUAAAAUCCAAUUUACAUCCAAAC